CUUACAUGCUGCACGGCAGCUAAGUAUGCAUCCAAGUUGCUAUAAAGGUUAGGCAGGCAGGCCCCCGCUCACCAGGAGAAUUAGCUAGGGAGCUAGGUGAGCACGAGAGCAGCAAUGGCGGCGACGGCGAGCAACAAGAGGGUGAUCCUGAAGCGGUACGUGACGGGGCUCCUGUCGGAGGAUGACAUGGAGGUGGUGACGACGGAAGUGCCACCGUUGGCCGUCGUCCCAGCAGGGUCGGAGGCGGUGGUGGUGAAGAACCUGUAUGUCUCCUGCGAUCCUUACAUGCGCAACCGGAUGACCCGUCAUGAGGUGCCUAGCUAUGUCUCAGACUUUAUCCCGGGAGAGGUUUUGGCAAAUUUUGGCGUGAUGAGGGUGAUAUCAUCCGGCCACCCAGAUUUCAAGGCAGGUGAUCUUGUUUGGGGAAUAACCGGAUGGGAAGAAUACACCGUGAUUAACAAUCCGGAAUCACUUUUCAGGAUCAAUCACCCUAAACUUCCUCUGUCCUACUACACUGGUAUUUUAGGAAUGCCAGGGCUUACAGCCUAUGCUGGAUUCUUUGAAGUGUCUAAGCCGAAGAAAGGUGAAUAUGUCUUUAUUUCAGCAGCAUCUGGUGCCGUAGGUCAGAUUGUUGGGCAGCUUGCUAAGAUCAUAGGCUGCUAUGUGGUUGGCAGUGCUGGUUCUGACGAAAAGGUCAGCUUAUUGAAGACCAAGUUUGGCUUUAAUGACGCUUUCAACUAUAAGAAGGAGCCAGACCUCGAGGCAGCCCUAAGGAGGUAUUUUCCAGAGGGUAUCGACAUCUACUUUGAGAAUGUGGGCGGUGAGACGCUAGAUGCAGUGCUACCUAACAUGCGCCUAGGUGGUCGGAUCGCGGCAUGUGGGAUGAUCUCGCAGUACAACCUAGAGCGGCCAGAGGGGGUGAAAAACUUGUUCUAUAUCGUCACCAAGCGUCUGCGUAUGGAGGGGUUCCUUGUGUUUGACUUCUAUGACAGGUACUACCAGUUCGAGGAUGAAAUGGCUAGGUACCUAAAGGAAGGGAAGGUGGCAUACGUGGAGGACGUCGUUGAGGGGCUCGAUGCGGCACCGGCAGCACUCAUUAAGCUCUUCACCGGCCGCAAUGUCGGAAAACAGCUCGUCGCCAUCGCACGAGAGUGAUACGGUGCCACACUGCUCGGCACGCAAAUUAGCAUUACCGAGGAGUACUACUGUAGUUGUUCAGAUUUCAGAAAUGGGGGCAUCCCGUUUGUCUUGUGGGGUUCAGAAAAUAGAAAUAAAGAAUAGAUAUGUUCAACGAUUUGGGUGACUUAUCCAGUAUUGUGCUGUGUUAGAAAAUUAAGUACAACGAUUUUUGUUUGUUGAGAUGAAC